UUUGAAUUCCAACAAUGAGUUACUGACUCUGUCUUUAAAGGAAGUAACAGCUCACCACUCACGUCUUAAUGAUUCUUCUUCACAGCUUUUAGAUUCGUUAGCACUGGCCCCGUUUUGUCUGAAUGCAGCUGUUUUAUUGCUGCUGAGGAUGAAGCAGAUGUGGCAACACUCGCUCUUCAGCUGCGGCCUGAUCGUGGGAUUUCUCACGCUUCACAUACUGUUGGAAUCCAAGUUCGCCACCGUCCGGACUGUGGCGUACGACGGCGACGGGCUGCGGCGCGUUCACACAGCUGUGAACAAGAGCUCAGACAGACCUUCAUCUAAUGGCGCACGAGUCCUAUGUUGGAUUAUGACGGGACCCAAGAACAUCGAGUCUCGUGUCAGGCACAUCAGACAAUCCUGGGCCCAGCGCUGCGGCACUGUAUUGUACAUGAGCUCAGUGGAGACAGACUUUCCCACCGUGGGGCUGAAUGUAAGUGAAGGGAGGGAGAACCUGUACUGGAAAACCAUCAGAGCCCUUCAGUAUAUCCACCAGCACCACCUGAAUGACGCAGACUGGUUUCUAAAAGCAGAUGAUGACACAUUUGUGGUUGUAGAAAAUCUUGUCCAUGUCUUGGCCAAGUUUGAUCCAGAGGAGCCACUGUAUCUGGGCAGACAUUAUGCCCCAUUCGUUAGGCAGGGCUACAUGAGUGGAGGCGCAGGGUACGUACUCAGUAAGGAGGCACUGAGAAGGUUUGUCCAAGGCUUCAGCACAGGGAGUUGCAGCCACUCUUCCACCAUAGAGGACCUGGCUCUGGGGCAAUGUAUGGAGAAGAUGAAGGUGCAGCCAGCGGACUCUAGGGACCUGAGAAAAAGGCAGACAUUCCAUCCGUACCCUCCAGACUACUACUUGCUCAGACAGCCACAGCGGCCGAGGCCCUGGUACCUGCUGUACGAACACUACCCUCCAGUUGAGGGUCCAGGCUGCUGCUCAGACUUUGCCGUGUCCUUUCACUACAUACAUUCUGUGCAGCUGUAUGUUUUGCAAUAUUUAACGUAUCAUCUGCGUCCAUAUGGCUACAAAUAUAGAUACAACCCUGAUGAGAAAAUUGAAGGUAACAGCAUAUAUGUGUCACAUAAAAUACAGACAUUUGCAUCAAAACCUCUGCACUAAUUCUUUAUUAUUAGCUUGUUUCAGAGCAACACUAACAUUUGUUCUAUGUUACAUUUAUAUUUAAUAUAGAGUUAUUUGGGCAUUUUAGUAUUAUUGUGUGUCUGUGGGGUGUGUUCAUGAGUAGGACACAAAAUUAUCAGUCAGCGAAGCAAACUGAAAAUCUGCUUAUGACGCACUAACGAGGUUCUACAUGAGACCACGCCCAUGAAAAACCUACUGAUCUACAACGUGGCAGCUAAACACAGACACAAACGUGUAUUUUUUUAACCACGGACAAGAUUGAACGCUGGAGUGGAGGCCCUCAUGUACACACAUCACUUCAGACUUGUGCAGUGCUGGUUUCCGACACAGUGAAUUCCUCAGCCAUAGGGUUCUGUUCUUAAUUCUAAUUAUUUUUCACAAUAUUUCAGUUAUGUUGUACUGUUUUUGUUUCUGGCAUCUGUGGCUUCUUAUGGGUUGGAUUAAAGUUCAUGUUUGUGUCUACAGAGCAGUAAAGAAAUAAACACAAUGUGUUGUAACUAAUGUCCUGCUGUAAACUGGAGGUUUACAUCCAGACUCUUAACGUGAGCCUAGAUCAGAGCAUGUCAAAGAUCAAUCAACAGUUGUGAGACACGUACAGAGCAGUAAAUCAAACAAUGCAAUCACUGUAAUGUUUGAAACAGUAGAUUCUGUAACUGGAUGGAUUUGGUUAAUAUCAAGAUUAGUUACAGUUAAAUGCAGACUAAGUUAAUGUUGUUACUCACACACUUACAAUAAGAACUUGGACUAAGGCUGACAUGGAGCUCUAGACUAAGAACAGACCACAGAAAACUGUAUAAGCAGAACUGUAUCAAUCUGGGAAAUACGUGGAAAUGAGCGCAGGGGAAUGAGUAGCAGACUUCUCCUGUGACACUUAUACAUAUAAAUGUGUGAAUUUGUUUAAAUAUGGUCUGUGUCUGUGCCGAGUCAGGCAAACAGGCUUGCAACUCAUGAUUGAUUUAAACAGAAUUCUUAAUUAGUUGAUAAACAUAAUUGUUGGCAAUAUUAUAAUUACAGUUAAAUAACCAUUAGAUUAUAUUUAGAUUUUGAAAGGUGAAACAAUGUUGAUGAAGCAGCGUUAUUUUAAUGUUGCAUUAUGGUUGAUCGUCAAUGUUACAUUUAAGCUGAUUUACGGUCAUUCAUCAAUGUUACAUUUAUGUUGAUUUAUGGUUAAUUAUCAACGUUACGUUGAUUUAUAGUCAUUUAUCAACGUCACGUUGAUUUAUUUAUUUUUUUAAUUAACACUGAAUUUGUGUUGAUUUAUGGGUUUUUUUAUCAACUUUGCAUUUAUGUUGAAAAACCUGUUAAUUUCUAAAGAUGAAAGACAUUGAAAAACCUGUUAAAACAUGGCUGUGUACCAAACUGUGAGUGAGCAGACCCAGAGACUAGUUGCAGAACAGGCAAUAUUUAAUGCUGGAGUAGAGAGGUGAAAACGUAGAGGUGGGAAGUUCCAUUUUUUUAACAGACUCCAAUCUUUAACUCUCAAAACAGUAAAGUGAACACAUUUUGAGUCAUUUGUUCAUUUUGUUAAUUUACAGCAGGUGGCGCUGUAAGUGUUGAAGACAAUCUGUAAUUUUAAUAUUAAUAUAUUUUUAAUUUCAAUUAAUAUUUUUUAGCCUUUUGACAACCAUUAGCAUUAAAUGUUGUUUCAACCUUUCAUUAACGCCACAAAAACCAUGUCUCAACGUCGAUUUAUAAGCAUUUUGUCAACCUUUUUACAACUGUUAGUAUUAACGUUGUUUCAACAUUUUAUCAACGCCAUGAAAACAACUGAAAUUUUUGCAACCAUAUGUCAAAGUUGAUUAAUAGGUAUUUUGUCAGCCUCUUUUAGCAUUAGCAUUAAACAUUGUUUUGAAAAAAAGAAAGUUUGAAUGACUCACCCUUCAGAAAACACAACCCUGUUUGUUUACAUUACAGACAGUAUGAAACUAAAAUGUAAAUUAUAAAAAGGCCACUGAAAGGACAAAUGGGUACAAGCAGCAAGAACAUCCAAACCAUCCAAUAAUUCAACAGUAAAAACAAAAGUUCAUAAUAAUGUUACUAACAGGAGUAUGCAGUUGGCUUUAUUCGCAUUAUUGGGUUAUUUUAACAUGACAUCAACUCAGAAUAAAAAUACAAAACAAUAAUACAAACGUUUGCGUUUCCACCUAAGACAAUGCUAGUAUACAUUAAUCAUCUAUCGGCAGCUGCUCUUAUCUAGAACUAUGAUACUUUGGCUCUGCCGUAAUGUAUCUGGGCUCUGUGUCACAAAGAAGGGUCAUGCUCUUGUUCAGAACUUGAAUCAAACAGUUUAAUAUCAACACAUCACACAGAACUGAGCUAAGCUGGUAGAAACCAGCACAUCUACUUCAGCCUGACAAACAGCAUUCGUCACAGUAGUUAUAAACGUGAAGUGUUCAGCUCAACAACCAGGCCCCAUCCGGGUCUAUGCUACAGGCCCUUCCAUUCCCACCAUGUCUCAUUUUAGCUGUAUCACCAGAACUGCUCAUAUUACUGAUUGUGAUUUUAUGAUUUCAUCUGAGUUGGCACAGAGAAACACACCUACAUCAUCUGCAUAGAAACACGGCACAUGAUCAUGGUUUGUUAACCAUGAAGUAAAUCAGCAGACUUAACCACUACAGAGCUGUGUUGUAUGGAACAGGAGCUACCCUUAACCCUUCUUUGUGAAACAGGGCCCUGAGGAUUAGGCCAAGUAACGGAGAUAAUGUUUGGUACAGGAGGUCAGACCUGGCAGAAGGACACAGUGUGAACGCUGCUGAGGAGGAAGCUCUCCACGUCUUUCCCACAGCAUCUGGCCUCACUACAGUCCAGGUCCUCAGUCCAUUCUGUUCCUUAUUGAUGUCAAUGGAGUUUGGGAAAUCCACAGUAACCCUGUCAUGAGACCUAUUACGUGUAAACACAGAAACUCCUGCAGCUGGAUUCUGUUUCAAAGUUAUUAGCGUUGCCCUGACAGCCUCCGUACCAGAACUGGGCACAUGCAUUAGCCUCAGGGUCGUAGUACCACUUGACCACAUACAGUCGACAAGGACCCGGUUCCAAAGGCUUCCUGCACCCCCCAUCUGAAGCGACAGAACAAAUGACAAUUAUUCAGCAUUGAACUUCUAGUCGUUACCAUCUGGCAGCAUCUUGAGCCUACGUUGGCCCUCAUCUUCCCUCCACCCUCCUUCCCCAGUGCUGUGUAAUCAGAUGAGACUUCAUCUGGUUGUUUUUUCCCUUUGUCUCUGUAAUGCCAUGACUCUUCAAGCUUUUUGUUUCUUGGAUGCCAUCCGUUGUUCUUUAUUGCUUCACCAUGUUGAGUCAAGCCAUAUUUUGAAAUUAUGAUAAACAUUUGUAGCUUGUCUUGUGAUUUUCCUAACAAACCUUGUUUCUGUGCUUAUUAUUGUGCUUGUUUUUGUGUGUUUGUGUCAUAAUUCAAUUCAAUUUUAUUUUUUAUAAUGCUUAAUUAAACCUGUAAACCUC